AAUCUGCCAUUGAAGAAGAUCCCAUGCAAAGCCAGUGCACCCUCGGGCUCCUUUUUUGCCCGAGACAAUACAGCAAAUUUCUUAUCCUGGUGCCGAGAUUUAGGGGUGGAUGAAACAUGUCUGUUUGAAUCCGAAGGUUUGGUCCUCCACAAGCAACCCAGAGAAGUGUGUCUCUGUUUGCUAGAGCUUGGCCGGAUUGCAGCCAGGUAUGGUGUGGAGCCUCCUGGUUUGAUAAAAUUGGAAAAAGAGAUUGAACAAGAAGAAACUCUUUCUGCCCCUUCUCCUUCACCUUCUCCUUCAUCAAAGUCUUCUGGAAAAAAGAGUACAGGAAACUUACUGGACGAUGCGGUGAAACGAAUUUCUGAAGAUCCUCCUUGCAAAUGCCCAAACAAGUUCUGUGUGGAGCGACUCUCCCAAGGAAGAUAUCGGGUGGGAGAAAAGAUCCUCUUCAUCAGGGGUCUUCAUGGUUGUGACUAUAUCUCCACAGCCAAAGCAAAGCAGACAUUUAAGAUGCUGCACAACAAACAUGUCAUGGUCCGUGUGGGAGGAGGCUGGGAAACUUUUGCAGGGUAUUUGUUGAAACACGACCCCUGCCGAAUGCUGCAGAUCUCCCGUGUGGAUGGCAAAACAUCCCCUAUCCAAAGCAAAUCUCCAACUCUAAAGGACAUGAAUCCAGAUAACUACUUGGUGGUCUCUGCCAAUUAUAAGGCUAAGAAGGAGAUUAAAUGAAACAAGUUGGUCAUGACAAGGGGACCCUAUAAUGGCCUGUAUCUGCUUCUCCAGUAUAGUCAGUUUAGUUCAUAUGCUCUGAAAACUGUUUUGGAGAAAGGUAUAACAGACAGAAAAAUGUCAUCAUGUUGAAAAAUGUUCAAAGAUUAGCGCUAUUUAUUUUUAAUGCUUCUGUAGAAUAUGACCUAUGAAAAGAAAUUCUAAACUCAGAUUUAAAUUAGACAAAUUUUAGGCAAAUUAUUUCUCAAUAUGUGAACAGUAUUUAGAACACAAACAAUAUUAGAAACAAUUCUAGCUAAAGAUAAACACUAUAAGGAGAAAACAUUUAGGAUUUGCAGAUACGUCAACAGAAAGUGCCUGCUUUAUGUCCAUGAGUAAAAGCACCCCAGACAUUUUUAUAAUUGCAGGAUUUUUACGCUGUUUUUUUUUUUUUUAACAAAAUGAUGAUUAGUGUGAUAAUGUGCUACCAAAAAAAUAUCCAACAGUACUACAAAUAAGUACAGAGUAUUCACAGUAGUAAUACAUUACUGGAAAGGCCACUUAGAAAAGUUUACAUUUACUUGGAAGGUUGCCUUAAAGUAUAUCUCUUAUCUAUGACCAAAUAUCUGGGGUACUUUUGGAAGUUGUCAGUACACCCCCUUAGAGAAUAGCUUAUGAGUUAUUUCACACAUUCCUGAGCACAUGGCUGUGUUUAGAAUGACCUAGUAUAAUUCACACAUGAGCUGACAUACGUUGAUAUUUUGAGUAAAUUGUACAGUCAACUCUUCAUUGAUUUCAUGUUAUUUCAAAGCAUUUUCUUAUUAAAAAUAUAUCUUUAGUUAAUCCUAUUUUGCUAUGCUGUCUAGUAAAUUCACUGUAGCUAAUGAUGUUACAGACUUACGUAUACCCUUGUAUACCUGGGACAAGGCUGUUUUAUACCAAUAAACAGCAAAAUAUAGUCCUUACUGAUUCAAUAAUUAAAAGGAUAAAUUUUAAAAAUGUUA